AAAAAAUCUUCAAAAUUCUUUGGUAUUUAUUGAAUGCUCUUAUCAACAUUGGUAUUUUCUCUUAAUUUAGAUUUUCAAAGUUUUGAUAUGCAAUGUCCUCAUCACAUGCUUCAUCAUCUUCGAACACCCCUCCAAAAUGUUUAUGCGGGGAGAUGGCACGUCUAAAAUUGUCGAACACCCCUAGAAAUCCAAGGCGACCUUUUUAUUCGUGUCCCAAUUACAAUAGAGAGGGAAGGCCAUAUUGCGAGUAUUUUUUAUGGGCAGAUAUCGAAGUGGAAAAUGAAGCUAAAGUUUCCUGUGAAAGAGAACGUCACCUCGAAGAGAAAAAAGAACAACUUCGAAAAUGGGAGGAAGAACUCCAAAAAAGGGAAGAAGAACUCGCCUCCGAUCGGGAUGAGCUUCAUGCUAUAAUAAACAAUGAUAACAAUCCACGCAUGCGACCGUGCGUGUAUUGGGGACUUGCAAUUCUGUUAUUUUGUUGUUGGAUAGGAUCAAGAACAAUUGAAGAUUAA